CCCCCUUAACAUCUAUCCACACCACAAAGUAAAUGGCAGCGCUGAGCUACGGACUGAGUUGAUGAUGGAAGAGAAACGGUGUAAGCAGCGAUAGUUUUACUUCUGUGCGAGGGAGAGAGAGAGAGGGUGAGAGAGAGAGAGAGAAAGAAAGAAAGAAAGAGAGAGAGGGGCAGCGGCAGCGGGAGAGGAGAGGAGAGGAGCAGGAGGAAAGGAAAAGGUAUUUCAUUUGUGUCCUGGAUAAUUUUACCCCGCGGCCGCGACGACCUGGGAACUGAGUGGAAUUGACAAGGCCGUGAAAACUGACAAGCAAAAUAGAAAGUAAACAUUUCAGUUGAUCUGCACUCCUCGCUCGCUCUCUCUCCCUCCCUCCCUCUCUCUCUCUUUUUCUCUCUCUCUCUCUCCUCAUUUGAGGGAGGGAGAGAGGGCGGAAAAAAGAAGGCAUAGAGUAAAACUCGCCGCUUGCCCGGAUCUGUAAGGGAUCUGCCUGAAAUUUCUCUCACCCACCCCCCCCCCCCAUCCUUUCUCCCUCUCUCCGUGAGUUCGGGAACACGCUGGACCCCCCUCGGCCAGUUUUCAGCUUGCGAGUCCGGAUGGAAGAGCAGAGCCGCUUGAUGCAGGCCCGGGCAGCCGGGGCUGGUGGUGGAGGCGGCGGAGGAGCGGGAGGCGGAGGCGGAGGAGGAGGGGGAGGCGGAGGAGGCGGCGGCAGCGGGGUAACGAUGUCUGUGCACCCGGCAUCGGCGGGCCUACAGCCGCUGACGACCCAUCUCCGCGAAAGCCCCACGGAUAAUGGGGACGGGAGGAAGCAAGACAUCGGGGACAUACUCCACCAGAUCAUGACCAUCACCGAUCAAAGUCUGGACGAAGCACAAGCCAAGAAACACGCGCUGAAUUGUCACAGAAUGAAACCUGCCCUCUUCAGUGUUUUAUGUGAGAUCAAAGAGAAGACGGGCUUGAGCAUCCGAAGCAGCCAGGAGGAGGAGCCCGUGGACCCACAGCUGAUGCGGUUGGACAACAUGCUGCUGGCGGAGGGCGUGGCUGGCCCCGAGAAGGGCGGGGGCUCAGCGGCGGCCGCAGCGGCAGCGGCUGCCUCCGGCGGGGUCUCCCCCGACAACUCCAUCGAGCACUCUGACUACCGGGCCAAGUUGGCCCAGAUCCGGCAGAUCUACCACACGGAGCUGGAGAAAUAUGAGCAGGCCUGCAACGAAUUUACCACGCAUGUGAUGAACCUCCUUCGGGAACAGAGUCGGACACGGCCGAUCUCUCCCAAGGAGAUCGAGAGGAUGGUCGGGAUCAUCCAUCGGAAGUUUAGCUCCAUCCAGAUGCAGCUAAAGCAGAGCACAUGCGAGGCUGUCAUGAUCCUGAGGUCAAGGUUCCUCGACGCCAGGAGAAAGCGACGCAACUUCAGCAAGCAGGCCACGGAAAUCUUGAAUGAGUACUUCUACUCCCACCUCAGUAACCCGUACCCCAGUGAGGAGGCCAAGGAGGAACUGGCUAAGAAGUGUGGCAUCACUGUGUCGCAGGUCAGUGUAUCCCAGGUGUCCAACUGGUUUGGAAACAAGCGCAUUCGAUAUAAGAAGAACAUUGGUAAGUUCCAGGAGGAGGCUAACAUUUACGCUGUUAAGACCGCCGUCAAUGCGACUGCUGCCUCUCAGAACAGUCAAGCAAACUCGCCCACCACUCCCACCUCCGCAGGUUCCUCUGGCUCGUUCAAUCUGUCUGCUUCCGGAGACAUGUUCAUGGGGAUGCAGGGGUUAAAUGGAGACUCCUACCCAGGGGCACAGGUGGAGACCCUCCAUCACUCCCUCAACCAGCCCUAUGGGGAAGGACUGGCCGCCAACCAGAUGUACAGCCCACGGGACGUGAGGGCUAAUGGAGGCUGGCAGGAUGCAGCCACCCCAUCCUCUGUAACCUCUCCCACAGAAGGGCCUGGAAGUGUGCACUCUGAUACCUCCAACUGAUCUCCGAGAAACCGGGCCUUUCCCUGAUCCGAUGGGCUUGUCUCCAGCAUUGACCAAUAAGAAAGAAGAGGACAGAGGAGAGGAUGAUUUCAGACAUUGGGGUGACCUUGAUACUAACCUAUCUCCUUGUGUGUUUCACUGUAAAACCUUGGACCUCAGUGUACAGAGGGUGGCAGGUGUUGGAGGAAUAACCCCUAAAGAGGGAUGUCACUCCCAGGAUGGGCCACUUCACCACCACCCCUCCCACAUUCCAUCCUGUCCUGUCCCUACAAAUGGUUGCUCAUGACACACGGACCGUUGGUGGGUUCAACCCAUCCCUCUGUUGUCCAGGAAGGCAACCAUUCCACUGGGAUGUGCAGUUACUCAUGAGGUGUGUGGUUCAGUGGGAUGUAAGUGUGGGGCUUUGCAGAUCGGAGGCACGCAUGGGUGCACCUCACCUUGGCCUUUGUCUUUUCUGUUGGGGGAGGAGUUUGAGGGAAGGCUUUCUGUUGCCCUGGCCCAGGUAGGACAGAGUCAAUUUAUGGUUGUCCCACACACAGUUUGUGUGGUGUGGUUGAACCUGUCAGCUCAGUCUCCCCCCUCCCCACUGUCCCCCUCUCUCUCCCCCUUGUUUUUCUUCCCUCACACUCUCGUCCUCACUGUGAUCUCUCCCUUUACUGUCCCACCUCCCUCUCACCUUACCCCCUACAUUCUUCCUCUCUUCAAUGUACUCUUUCCUCUUGCCUACUCACUUUUUUUCUCCGUCUCUAUCUCUUACUAUCCUCACUCUCCACUGUUCUUUUACUCUUCUCUCUGUCUCUCCACCAUGCUCCCUUGCCUGUCCCCCACUCCUCUCUCCCUCAACCCCGCUACAUUUUCUCUACUUCUCCCUCAGGGUGUAUGUAUGUGUGUGUUUUUAUGUGGUGAGUUUUCUGUGUGCAUACGUAAUUUUUCUAUGCAUGUAUGUGGUCUGGGUUUAUCUGUAAGUGUCUGAUCUGUGUUUUUCUCUCGUGCAUGUAUGUGUGUGUGUGUGUGUGUUUUCUGCCUGGAUGAGUGUGUCCUAUUUUUCAGUGUGGUGUGAUUGACAUCCUCUGUGUGCUCUCCAUCAUGGACAGUGUGGGACUGGUAGAUGCUGGGAGAUCAGCUUACAGGGAAAAUUACAGUGGAAGAGAGAAAAAGAUAGUGUUGCUCUAUGAGCCAACGAGAGCUUGAUGGGCUGAAUGGCUUCCUGUGUUGGUCCAGACCUGCGACCUGCCAGCUGAAUGAUAGAGCGCCCCCCACCCCCCACCCUCAGUCACACUCACACAGGCCAGAGACCUGGGAGUGCCCCAUGACCCUGGGCCCAGUGCGGGGUGCUCACCUGAAGGAGAGACCAGGGCACCAGCUGUGCCCUGGCUGUUGCUGCCUGUCCCUGUCCAACUCACAUCUGCCCAGGUUUCCUGGAGCUGCAACUGCCAGAAACAGUCAAAAGGAAGGUUGUUUCCUCAAUCUAUAUUGCUCAUUGGCUGCUCUCCUUCCUUGAGACCUGAGAAUCAACCAAUUGUCUACAUAAUCUGUAAGAUUGACAGGAAUGGCAGCCAGUGGUAGAGGCGGAGUGGGUGGCGCAGGCAAGUGUGUAGGGUUAGUGCAGAGGUCCCACUGACUCUACCCCCAAUAUAUCCUCUGGGCCUCGGUUUCUCCACAGGUUCUGCUUGCCAUUGGCACAUUCUUGGGUUUCCCUUAGCUGCAGUUUCCUCCCAAAUCCCAAAGAGUAGGUUUAAUGGAACCUAAAAAUUGCCCCCAAGAGUGUGGGUGAGGGGUGGAAUUGAUGUAAAUGCAGGGAGAUUACCUGGCAGGGGAAACUUUUGGGGUGGUGGGGCCCAGGUGCUAGGACUGCUUCAUGAGCUGGCAGUUUGAUAGGUCUGUUGCAUUGGAAGCAGGUGUGGAGUUCUUGGAGAGGCCAAGAGAAAUAGAAGAGGGGCAGAAAUCCCUUAAGUGCUUGCGUCAGCUAAGCAUGCAUCAUCUUAACCCGUUCCCCUCCCUCCCAAUACCCUGCUUCCAUUGAGGUCAACGUUACCAGAUCUUCUAUAUUUCAAGAGAAUUAUUCCUACCUUCCAAAGUGGACAUCACUCCUCUCUCCAAAACCCCCCACCCUCCUCCCAUCUGCUUGGCGUCACUGGUACAGCAACCCCCAUGGUUUGUUGAGGGGAAUCCUCAGCCAAUCUCUCCUCCUCUGAGGUGAACACUUUAUACGUUUUUGCGUUUGGUGGGGUCGGGCGGGAGGGUGGUUUUGCGUUGUCGCGGGUUUCGGGGGAAGCGGGAAGAAGACCUCCUUUUCUCCAGGUCUAUCUCUCUCAGUGUUUUAAUACUUUUUUUUCUUUUUGUCUGCCACGCAUUGAUGACUAGGGUUUUACAGUGACGUUUUUAACACUGCGAACUAGUCGUGCUAACUCGCGGGCACAGUGUAUAUACUGUAGAAAGAAGUAUUUGUACAUGAUUAGCCAAUCAAAAAAAAUAAAAAACGGCUUUAUUACCUCAUGCAAGCUCAUAUAAACCAAUAGAAUUACUACAUGUUUUACCAGUUUUAGAGUGCUCACAUACUACCUCUGACAUUCACACUAGAACAUUUUUUUGUUUAUUUUUCUUUUCUUUGUAAAGUGGUUUUUGAAAUCAGCACAAAAUUGCAGUGUGAUGAUUUUAAGUUGAAGGCGCUGACAAAAAAAAGGAUAAUUUUGUCACGGUUUUCACGCAUCCUGGGAUAUAGGCAGCGGCAGGCUGAUUGUUACCUAUUAAAAUCUGUGAAUCAGAGACCAGUUUUUUUUUCAAAUUUUUCAAAUCUUACUUGGAGGGUUUCUGAGCUCAAAGGGGAGAGGGGAUGAAGAUCAAAAUAAAAGAUGGAUUUGAGAUAUUUUUUGUUUGAUCUUUUGUGUAUCUGUUUUGGGGGAAAUUGUCAUUCCCCACCCCCGCUUUCACUCCAUCCUGACAAGUGGUGCUGGAAAAGGCUGUGGCCUAGGCUGAGUGAGUGUGCCAGCUCUUGGGCCUCAGGCAACUUGCCUGUUGCUUCUGCCCCUUCAGGUUUCAUGUGUGGCCUCCUUCUGUGUUCUUCUUCCACCCUCACAGGAGAGUAGGGACCAAGUGGAAUUGUCUUUCGGGUUACCAGAGCACCAGGGUUUCUAAAUGCACCAUGGCAACCACCAACAUCCAGAGGCACUGGCUGCAGCCAGCUAUCUCUGUAAAGCCACUAUUGGUGCAACUAUGCGAUUGUUCCAUGGGGGAGGGGGGAAGUGUGCAUCCGCCAUGACAUUUCCUGUUGCCUUCUGCGUGUCCAUGGAGAAUGUCCACUGUGGACGUGUGGCUCUUAAUUUUUGGGUGGGCAGGAGAGGAGGGAGUAAGUGCUGAAAGUUGUACAUCAUUGUACACCAUUGAGAUGGUUCCCAAGAAAUACGGAAGGGGAAAAUUGCCCAGAGAUAGUUACCCACACUCAAGACUUAGUUCCCACACCCUUCCUAAACCUAUCUGUUCCACAGCAACUCCAGUCCAAGCCAAGCAAAUGACAAAGGGAGUCGCCAGUGGCAAAAUAGCCAACUGAAAAUACUGGCCCUUACACAGGAGCCCCUCCUGUGCCACCCUAGGAUUCGUGCCUUUCUUCCCCAGCCUAAAGAAGGUAAACCUGCUGGGGUGGGGAUGUGGAGUUGUGAGUUACAAGUUCUUAAACACCAUAAAAUGGCACAGUGCCCCUGAUUGGAUGGGAAGAGGUCCAACUUUGAACAUUGCCUCAACUCAGGGGCCCUAUCAGGUUAGAUUUGAAAUUCUGAAUGGUUUCUGAUUUUGAAUUUCUAUUAUGUUUAGUUGAUAUUUCUUUUCCAACUGUUUCAAUGUAUUCUCUGUUAUGCUUUACAAAUGUGCAAAUUUUUUUGUUAAGAAAAAGAGCGAAAGGAAAAAAAAUGGCUGUGAUGUGGAAUGGGCUGUGGUUUUGGGUUUUUUUUUUGUUUGAAUGGUCUUUGGCAGAGAGACAGAAGGGGGGUACCUGUGGUGCAAGACAGAUCCUGGCAUCAGGGGUAGAGAGGUCCGUGGCAUUCGUCCACCCCUACUCUGCCCUCCCCAACCCCUAGCCAGACUAUCAACACCCCCACCCCCUCGCUCUCCACAGGCCCUGCCCCCAAUACCUGCCCCAGUCUCUGGCUUGUGGGCUGAGGACUGACAGUGUCAAGGAGCCUUGAGCAAGAGGUUUGCCAAAAGUCAGUUUGGCUUCGUUUUUGUUUUGAGAUGACGUUUUGUAAAGGGGUUUGCCGAGACCAGGAAUGUCUCCUCCAGUGUUAUGCUGCCAUUCUGUGCUGCUAAGUUACCAUGAUUGCUUUCAAUAAACUUUAUUGUUCCAUGCAAACCUUC